AUAUUUAUUUGCGAAAUAUUUUUUUUUUUUUUUCAUACAGCCCAAGCCCAUUCCCCGUAAACCCCAGGCCUGUGUUCCCUCUCUUUCUCUUAUCGAUCAACCUCCAUAGCCGCCUACCUGGAGCUCAGCUCCGAUCUCUCUCUCACCUACACCCUCCAUAACCGCAAACCCAGAAACCUUCCAUCGCCACCACUCCAUUCCCUACCCAGACCCCAACCUCCGCCCCUGAUUUCGUUGUCCGCCCAUUAUUACAAAUGGAGGUUUCUUCUUCGAUUUUCCAGCCUUCAUGCUCCUUCUUCUCGCGACCUUCUAAAGCCUCUAUCACUCACCGCACGCCUUCCCUUUCUCUGUUACGAAACUCCGCUUCAAACGCUUCCUUCUAUUCUAUAACCUUCAAAGGUACUCAUUCUCUAGCUAAAUCAAUCAAACUAGGACAACCCAAGUCCUUUCUUGCUUGUGCUGCAGCUGGUGACACAACUCAUAUAACCGAAACAGUGUCAAGUAGUUGUAAUGAAGAAAGGACAUCAGUUUCUGAUUCUUUAGAUUCCUCAUCAAAUCAAAAAACAAGAAAUGAUGAAAAUGAACAAGAAAGAGAUAAUGUUGGGAGUUUGGAUGACCAGAAGAUGAUUAGAGUCUGUGACAAGCUGAUUGAGGUUUUCUUGGUUGACAAACCAACUCCAACUGACUGGAGAAGGUUGUUGGCUUUUAGUAAGGAAUGGGACAGUAUCCGGCCACAUUUCUAUAGAAGGUGCCAAGAGCGAGCAGAUAGUGAAGAUGAUCCCGGGAUGAAGCAUAAAAUACUUAGGCUAGGACGGAAACUUAAAGAGGUUGAUGAAGAUGUACAAAGACACAAUGAACUUCUUGGAGUAAUUAGACUAGCACCUUCAGAAAUAAAUGAUGUUGUUGCUAGGCGUCGCAAAGAUUUCACAAAAGAAUUUUUUGUUCAUCUUCAUACGGUAGCUGAAUCCUACUACGACAAUGAAACAGAGCAAAAUGCUGUAGCGGAACUUGGGAAUACAUGCUUGGCUGCAGUACAAGCUUAUGAUGCUGCAAAUGAAAGCAUUGAAGCAUUGAACAAUGCAGAGUUGAAAUUACAAGAUAUUAUCAACUCUCCUUCUGUAGAUGCUGCUUGUAGGAAGAUAGACAAUUUAGCUGCGAAAAAUCAGCUUGACUCAGCAUUGGUGUUGAUGAUCACAAAAGCUUGGUCAGCGGCCAAGGAGUCGAACAUGAUGAAAGACGAGGUUAAAGAUGUUUUAUAUCACUUGUACAUGACUGCAAGAGGUAAUCUUCAAAGGCUGGUGCCGAAGGAGAUUCGAAUAUUGAAGUAUCUUCUCACAAUCGAGGAUCCUGAUGAGAGAUUAUCCACAUUGAAUGAUGCUUUUACUCCAGGAGAAGAACUUGAAGGAAAGGAUGUUGACUGCCUGUACACGACGCCAGAGCAACUUCAUACCUGGAUUAAGGCUAUCGUUGAUGCGUACCAUUUGAGCAGUGAAGGCACUCUAAUUAGAGAAGCUAGGGACCUGAUGAAUCCAAAGAUUAUUCAGAAACUUGAGGAACUGAAAAGGGUGGUGGAGAACAAGUUCAUGUGACUUUAUGUCCUAAGAUUCAGAAAUCAAAUAAACAGUACACAGUGAUUCCAGACCCAAGAUAUGAUCAUAAAUAGGGAUUAGGUGCAUGACAACUACAUUUGGCUUUUGAAGUGUAGAGUUUUGUCUCAGAAAUUUUGAUACACAUAUUGGCACCAAUGUAUAUCAACCAUAAACCUUCAUCAAGAAUCUUUAGUAGUUAUAGAUUUUCCAUUUCCCUUUAGGUAAUGCAAUGUAUAUCAGGAAGUAUAUUAUCUUUCUCUCCACACAUUUUCUAAAUAAUAAAAAAGAAAUUCACAAA